UGGCCAAAAGAGGUAAUCCACUCAUCCUGUCUUCCUGGGAGAUCCUGGAUUCAGGCACAAAUGAGAGAUUGAAAUGGUAGUUUCAGCCAAACGGGUAGCUUAAUAAUUAUCAAGCUGCUUAACGCUAAUAUUAGAAUUGUCAAAAUUCUUACUAUGAAUAUAGUAUUACUAAGAAAGAUGAAAGGCUCAGUAGCUGAUCUCAGACAAAAUCUGCUGAAUAAGAGAACCUACAGUAUCUUCGUAGGGGAUAAAUCAUAUAAAACUAAUUUCUGGCUCAGAUUUAUAGACCAAGGUCUUGAUGUUAAUAAAAAGUUCAAAAACUCGAUGUUGAAGACUCACAGAUACAGCAUCUGCUGUCUACUGUUCUUCAUUUUAAUAUAGGCUUGCUCAUGACUUAUUUCUUUACUGUACAAAUUUCAAUAUUGGCUCUAACGGCUCUAGCCACAACCUGACUGUGUACUCUUCAUAUUUCAAAGAGAUGUACAUUGCCGAAGACUCAAAGAAUCUUAUCAUUCUUACUUCUAAUUCAAAUGUCUUUGUUCUUACAAGCUAAUGAUAGACUAAAAGUGUUCAUAAUUUUGCUGGCUAAUAUGACAAUAGACCUUCUGAACGGAUACCAAUGGUACAGCCACUUACUGCUCAACUUAUUCCUACUUCAUAAUCAACUAAUUGAAGCAUUACCUUAUAUUGCAGUCGAAGUCAUAGUAUACUCCCUUCUAGAGCUAGCCUUUAAAAAGGCAUGGGUACUGCAAGACACAGCCAAAAGAAGUGAGAAGUUGUUCCAUAAUUGCUUUGACAAAUUCCCAUAUGAAGUGUUCAUAGUUGAUAAAUAAGUCCAAUCUUUUGUUCUACAACGAGUUUGGAGAGAAAAGCUUUCAAAAAUUAUUUGACAAUAACUUUAAAAACGCUGCUGAAAUUGUACCAAAAUCAAGAACACUAGAUAUUCUUAACCUAGUCUCAGACAAUGAUAGGGAUAGGUUCAGAAAGGUCAUAGAAGCAGUCGCAGAUCAAAAAGAUGACAAAAUCUGCCAAUGCCAGCUCUCUAGUGACUCAAAAGCACCAUCCAAAAAAGAAAGACGAGAGUCCAGUAUAAAACUUUCAAAAGAACCAUCAGUUAUCCCUGGUGUGGAGAAGGAGUAUAAAAAUGAUCAUUACUGUCCUAAAUGCAAUACGAAGUAUAAUGUAUUCCAGUUCAUUAGCUCAGAAACCAACAAAGAUGACAUGGAGAAAGGAUUCGAGUUAGUUCAAGUAGAUUUCAUCAAAAUGUUCUGGAAAUCAAUAAAAUCAGUCAUGAUAGUAGCUAAAAGCUUGAAACAAGAAACAAACUCUCACAGAAUCCUAGAGUCCCAAACAAAGGAAGUCGAGUCUCUUAUAUGAGAACUUAACGAUAAAAUUGAAAGCAAUCACAAAAUCGAAACUAAGCUAGACAAAGAUACGUCUUAUUCAACAAAAAUGCUUAAGUUAUCAAAUACUCUGUACAACAAGUUCAGCAUUAUCAAAAAUUUCUUCCACAUAGAGAAUAACACACUGGAGAUAGAAAACAACCUCUUCGAUCUCAAAAGUGCUAUCUACUACACAAUAGACUUGUGAUCAAUGGCUAUGCAGAAUAAAGCAAGGAUCUCUAUCAAUAUGGAGGAGUUGCUUCCUAACGAAGUUCGGGGUGACAAAAUCAAGCUCCAGCAGAUCCUCUCCUGCAUCAUGGACCUUGUUCUCAUGAUGACAAGUUCAGGAGAGAUCAUCCUCAAAUCCACACUAGACAGGAUGCUUGUUAAAAGCAGGCAAUAUUUGAUAAAAUUCUCGUUUGAAUUUACUCCAACCUCUCUAAAUUCAAAUGAAAUCCUAUCAAGCUUGUUUUCAAAAACUUCUGAUAUUAAAAAACUUCAGAAAAACAAGUUUUUGAGCAAUACGAAUGUCCUGAACGCCAGCUCAAUCCAAAAGAUCCCUCAUCUACAAAUAGGCUUAGUCAGGAAUGUGAUCUACAAGCUUAUCUAUUAUAUGCAAGGGAACUACAAAACGUUUACAAGGAACGAUUUGGUUAUUUUUGAAAUCAAGCUCCCUCUCAACCACUCACAACAAAAUGUAUUGUCCUCAGAAGGAUAUGACGACUUAGUCUCACCUCUGAGACUUCAUAGAAAGAACGUCUCUUCAAACAUGCUCAGCAUUGCUGAAAUAUUUAGAGGUGGGAAUAAUCCAAGGGCAACCUCAAAACCAAGCCAUAUAAAAGAUAGAUCCAGGACCGACAAAGAUCUUCGCCAAGAGAUGAAAUUUAGCGGGAAAAGAAUCAAAUUACCAUCUUUCUCCAGUCCAAAGGAAGAAAAGAAGAAUCCAUCGUCGAUUCGAAGAAACUCAACUAGGCAUAAAGGUGAAGAGUCCAAAUAAAAUCAGCCCUGUAAAGAGAGAUAGAGAUGUCUCGAACAAAAAUUAUAGGUUUGAGGUAGAGACUCCCAAGGUGCAAGCUUAUUCAAAGCAUCGAGAGGAUACCUGCCACAAUGUCUUUAACUUCAUGAAUACAGCGAAGAAGAAGCAAAAUAAUACGAUUAUGGAUAGGAUACCUCUAGAAAAGUGAGAGUCAAAUUCCUCCCUAAAUCUCGACUCUCAUUCUCAAGUUAGUGGUAAUUUUGGCAAUAACUCGUUCGAGCCGAGCAAGGAGAAUGAUUUAAAGCCUUUCAGCAAAAAGUCUUUGAAUUCCAAACGUAAAGGGAGCUUGCAAGAAAAAUCAAGCAAAAUGAAACUAUGUCAAAGAAGACGGUCAAGAUUUGAAAAACGAAACACUCGCAACGGGGAUCUAUCCCACCAUGAAGAAUCAUCAGAUUAUUCUAAAGAAGAAAAUUUUAUAAGAGAUUCAGGUAACUCAGAGUUCUCUUCUAUCCCAAAAUGUCAUGAUUCCAUCAAGAAGGGCUCUUUAAAAAACGGUAGUAUCAAAAAGAUUGGAAAUACUAGGAUGAAAAGAAAACAUAAAAAUACGACUCAGAAAUACGUGUUACCACGAAGCCAGAAUACCCAUGGAAUUCUUCAAAUUAAUCAAAAUAUUCAUCAAGUUGCAAUGAUCCCUAAUAGGAGCAAAUAUUUCCAACAGAUCCGAGGAAAAUAAGACUCAAGGAGCUACAGGAGGAUAUAAGCCUCAUCGUGAAAAUACCCAGAAAAAUCUAUUACUAAACAACAACAUGAACUUGCUCCUGUUGAACAACAAAUCCACAGUCAAGGAUGGAGGGGAGAUAGAACCUUCAGACAGCAAUAAUGCAUCUCAUCUGUAUUCCCCAAUGGAAGGAACUAGCAAUAAGAAAAUUAAAAGCUCCUUCUCUAUCUCUUCAGAAGCCCGAAAAGAAGAUAUCAGAUUCCAGAGGUCUGGAGAAGGCUCAAAGUAUCAAGAAGAAGUAAAUGAAUCCAUAAACAGUCAAUUUGAUAGCAAACGACCGAGAGUUCCAAGACCAAUAUCCCCUAAUCUCCAGUCAAGCAAGGAUAAUUACCUUAACAGAGAAGAGCUCUCAUUACUUAUGAGGGAAAGCUCUAAAAAUAGCCUAAAUUUCAGUUCAAAGCUAGUCUCGCAUGACAAUUUUUUAAAGCCAGGAAAUGACAGCAAAGAUUAUAAUUACGACAGAUUAAAAGUUCCUGCAAGAGCGUAUCUUGAUCCUCUAGGAGGCUUGGCUAAUAUCAAAGAAAUAAAGUCAGAAGUGUCUCAAAACCCAAACGCAGAAGCUGAGGAAGAGAAACAAAACUUGAGCAGGAUCCCUCCAGAUGAAGAAAUGUGAGACAUUGACCAGAGCAUUAUUAUUGAAAAUAGCGAAGAUCUCGGGAUUAAGCUAAAGGAGUUUAAAACUAAUAUUUCAAAAGAAUUCAGCUCAUGGUUUGUGCCUCUUCGAGCACCUAGGAAUAACAGAGCUCAAAAGUAUAGAUCAGAGGAGCUCAAAGAGCAAAAUCCUCCAAUAGAGAUUAGUGAUGAGGAUAGAUCAGUUGAGCCUUACAAUGGAGAAUACCCCAACCUCAUUGUCAACCAUAUUUCUGAUCAUAAAUUUUCCAAUGAGCAGAGAUCUCUUAGUCAGGACGGCAGCAAGCCAAUCGAGAACUUACAAAAGAAUGAAGAAAUUUUGUACAAAUCCUACAGCCCUAUUUUAUUUGAGAAGAAUGGACUCUGAUCCUCUGAUAUGGAAAUAUUCCUUAAAGAGAACAACAGAAACUGAAUAAUCUCGGACAAGUCACAAAAAGCUGAUAGUAAUAGAGUAGAAUCAGAUAGAGUAGUUUCACCAUCAAAUUUCUUUUCUUCAUUGGUCAUCAACAACCAACUUUAUGCGAGAUCAAACAAUCUGAGAAAUCAUCCUAACCAAGAAAUGAGCCUGCAUUUAGCUUACAACGAAGAAAACUUUGGAGACCAAGGGGAAGAGUUCAACUUUGAUGAGAAGGUCCAGUACAACAAAGAUAUCGGAUUUAAUAAAUUCAGAGAAGCUCAUAAUCAAACUAUGAAAGAGAUAAAUCCUCAAACCAAGUAUAUUGACCCAGCCAGGCGUAGUUUUGGGUUUAAGAAUUACGUACAAGGGAAUAACUUCGUCUCAAAUAACAAUUUUGUAAAUAACCAAAGAGAGUUUACCCAAAACAACCAAUAUGAGAGAUCGAACUUUGCGGGCUCUCCAAAUACGAACCAAGGAAGAUUCCGCCCAUACAGAGCAAGAUCAAAGAUCAAGCGUGCUCCUAGCCAAGAAGCUGCCUUUGCUGACUUCUACAAAAGAUCAGAACAAACGCUUGCAAUGCAGAAGAUAUUAUGGGAAGAGGACGAGGAAGAUGUCGUCCAUGAUUACAUAACUCUGAUAAAUCCAUAAUAAUAUUCCUCGGCCAUCAA